AUGGUUCUUUCACGACAUAAAACUAGAUCUCCUCUAGUAAGUGUGGCGAAAGACAAACCCAGAAGCUGCUCCAUAUCGUGUUUAAAGCUUCCAACUCAAGAAUUCAGUAACUCUCAGGAAAUUCAACAUGAUCUACCUCCUAUACAAUGGAAACAGCUUCAAGGAGAAGAUGCUUCUGGGAUUGUUACUGGAAGUAAUAAUAUUUCAAUAGUAAAAGCAGUGAAGAGAGUGAAGUCGAUUUUGAGAAACAUUAGUGACGGUGAAAUUACGAUAUCGGCUUAUGACACAGCUUGGGUUGCAUUGAUCGACGCUGGAGAUAAAACUCCAGCGUUUCCCUCCGCCCUGAAAUGGAUCGCCGACAACCAACUAUCAGAUGGUUCUUGGGGUGAUGCACAUCUCUUCGCUUAUCAUGAUCGUCUCAUCAACACACUUGCAUGUGUUGUUGCUCUAAGAUCAUGGAACCUCUUUCCUCAUCAAUGCCACAAAGGAAUCAUGUUUUUCCAAGAAAAUAUUGAAAAGCUAGAAGAAGAAGACGAAGUACAUAUGCCAAUUGGAUUCGAAGUAGCAUUUCCUUCGUUACUUGAAAUCGCUCGAGGUAUAAACAUAGAUGUACCGUAUGAAACUCCCGUCUUGAAAGACAUAUACGCCAAGAAAGAGUUAAAGCUAACAAGGAUACCAAAAGAGAUAAUGCACAAGAUACCAACAACAUUGCUGCAUAGUUUGGAAGGCAUGCGUGAUUUAGAUUGGGAAAGGCUUUUGAAACUUCAAUGUCCAGAUGGAUCUUUCCUCUUCUCUCCUUCCUCUACCGCUUUCGCAUUCAUGCAGACCCGAGACAGUAAUUGUCUCAAGUAUUUGCGGAAUGCCGUCAAACGUUUCAAUGGAGGAGUUCCCAAUGUCUUUCCUGUGGAUCUUUUCGAACACAUAUGGAUCGUCGAUAGGCUACAACGGUUAGGGAUAUCGAGAUACUUUGAAGAAGAGGUUAAAGAGUGUCUUGACUAUGUUCACAGAUAUUGGACAUACAAAGGCAUCUGUUGGGCUAGAUGUUCCCAUGUCCAAGACAUCGACGACACUGCCAUGGCUUUUAGGCUCUUACGACUUCAUGGAUACCAAGUUUCAGCGGAUGUAUUCAAGAACUUUGAGAAAGAAGGAGAGUUUUUCUGCUUCGCGGGGCAAUCAAACCAAGCGGUGACCGGUAUGUUUAAUCUAUACCGGGCAUCACAAUUGGCAUUUCCAAGGGAAGAGAUAUUGAAAAACGCCAAAGAAUUCUCUUCCAAGUAUCUGAAACAUAAACAAGAUAAAGACGAGUUGAUUGAUAAAUGGAUUAUAAUGAAAGACUUACCUGGCGAGAUUGGGUAUGCGUUAGAGAUUCCAUGGUACGCAAGCUUGCCUCGAGUGGAGACGAGAUUCUAUAUUGAGCAAUAUGGUGGAGAAAACGACGUCUGGAUUGGAAAAACCCUUUAUAGGAUGCCAUAUGUGAAUAAUAAUGAAUAUCUGGAAUUAGCAAAACAAGACUACAACAAUUGCCAAGCUCUGCAUCAAGUCGAAUGGGACACCUUCCAAAAGUGGUAUGAAGAAAAUAGGUUAAAUGAGUGUGGUGUGUGCAGAAACGAGCUUCUAGAGUGCUUUUACCUAGCGGCUGCGACAAUCUUUGAAGACCAUAGGUCAGAUGAGAGAAUGGCUUGGGCCAAAUCAAGUGUAUUGGUGAAAGCCAUAUCAUCUUCUUUUGGGGAAUCCUCUGAGUCAAGAAGAAGCUUAUUCGAUCAAUUUCAAAAAGAUCGAGGAAGUGAUCAUCAUUUCAAUGACAGGAGCAUGAUAUUAGAGCGACCAGGAUCGAUUCAGGCGAGUCGGCUUGUUGGAGUCUUAAUCGAAACAUUGAAUCAAAUGUCCUUCGACAUUUUCAUGUCUCAUGGGCGUGACGUUAAAAAUCUCAUCUAUCAGUCGUGGGAAGAUUGGCUGGAGAACUGGAAAUUAGAUGGAGGAGAAGGAGAGCUCAUGGUGAAGAUGAUCAUUUUAAUGAAGAAAAAUGACCUAAGUAGCUUCUUCUCUCAUCCUCACUUUGUUCGCCUCUCAGAAAUCAUCAACCAAAUCAAUCUUAUUGCCCAAUAUUUAAAGGCGAGGAGAAACGAUAAGAAGGAGAAGACAAUAAAAAUAAUGGAGAAUGAGAUGGAGCAAAUGGUUGAGUUAGUAUUGUCAGAGACUGGUACCUUCCGUGAUGUCAAAAUCACUUUUCUCGAUAUAGCAAAGGCUUUUUACUAUUCUGCUUCAUGGGGUGAUCAUCUCCAAACUCACAUAGUGAAAGUCUUAUUUCAAAAAGUCGUAUAG